AUGGGUCUCAAGUUCUGGGAGAAUCAGGAAGAUCGUGCGAUGGUGGAAUCCACCAUAGGCUCCGAGGCCUGCGACUUCUUCAUCUCCUCUGCCUCUUCCAACUCUGCCCUCACCAAGCUAGUCGCCCCGCCAAGCGACCCCAAUCUGCAGCAAGGUUUACGCCACGUCGUUGAAGGUUCUGAUUGGGACUAUGCCCUUUUCUGGCUCGCUUCCAACGUCAACGGCUCCGAUGGCUGCGUCUUGAUCUGGGGAGACGGCCACUGCCGUAACAAAAAGGGAGCUUCAGGAGGGGACUUUUCGCACCACGAUGAGACCAAGAGGCGUGUGCUCCGCAAGCUUCACUUGUCCUUUGUCGGUCCAGACGAGGAUCGUCGUCUGGUUAAACCGGGGCCUCUCACUGACCUCGACAUGUUUUAUCUUGCUUCUUUGUACUUUUCCUUCAGGUGUGAUUCCAAUAAGUACGGUCCUGCUGGAACCUAUGUGUCUGGUAAGUCGCUCUGGGCGGCUGAUUUGCCUAGCUGCUUGAGUUAUUACAGGGUUAGGUCCUUCUUGGCCAGAUCCGCUGGGUUCCAGACGGUCUUGUCUGUACCAGUGAAUGCUGGAGUUGUGGAGCUCGGUUCCUUGAAACUCAUUCCUGAAGAUAAGAGUGUCAUUGAGAUGGUGAAGUCAGUGUUUGGUGGAUCAGACUUUGUUCAUGCUAAAGAAGCUCCCAAAAUCUUUGGUCGACAACUGAGCCUUGGCGGAUCCAAACCACGGUCUAUUAGUAUCAAUUUCUCCCCAAAGACUGAGGAUGACUCUGGUUUCUCCUUGGAGUCGUACGAGGUACAGGCGAUCGGUGGUUCCAAUCAAGUGUACGGUUAUGAGCAAGGGAAAGAUGAGACAUUGUAUCUAACUGACGAGCAAAAGCCGAGGAAGAGAGGUAGAAAACCAGCAAACGGGAGAGAAGAGGCCCUAAACCACGUGGAAGCGGAACGGCAGAGGAGAGAAAAGCUGAACCAGAGGUUCUACGCAUUGAGAGCGGUGGUGCCCAACAUCUCCAAGAUGGACAAGGCUUCGCUCCUUGCAGAUGCAAUCACAUACAUCACCGAUAUGCAGAAGAAAAUAAGGGUAUACGAAACAGAGAAGCAGAUAAUGAAGAGGAGGGAGAGUAAUCAGAUCACUCCUGCAGAGGUUGAUUAUCAACAGAGGCACGAUGAUGCCGUGGUGAGGCUAAGCUGUCCCUUGGAAACUCAUCCAGUUUCUAAGGUGAUACAAACGUUGAGAGAGAAUGAAGUUACACCUCAUGAUUCCAAUGUGGCCGUCACAGAGGAGGGCGUGGUUCAUACAUUCACCCUCCGCCCUCAGGGUGGCUGCAAUGCUGAGCAGCUGAAGGACAAGCUUCUCGCCUCCCUCACGCAGUAA